AUGCUUACGCCUGAAGACACACCGAGGCGUUGCGUGAGGAAAGGUGUGGAAGGUGGAUGCGCCUAUACCAAGCGGAGAGUACGCACCUGUGCGCCCUACGGCAAACGGACCUCGUCUGUGCAGGCAGCAGGAGCAGCGAAGCUGGGCGCCAGACAUGACGGAUCCGAACACGUUGUAAUGAAGAGGUACAGGUUCAGCGCCUCUCCGGCGACCGGCCUGGUGGGCAUGCAGGAGAACGUGCUUCUGGGCACUUCUUCGACUCGGUUGGUUUUCAUCCGCUCACAACCCGAAGACGGCGAGCUACGUCCGGCUAGCGAAAGAAGCAAUGGCAAGAUACUCAGGCCCGACAGACUUCGAGGUGGCAAAGGCUUGGACGAUAUUGGGAUACCUGCACGCCUUCUCGGGAGACCUGGAUGGGUUUUACGAGUAUCUGGCACUCUCGGACAACUUCGUACAUAA